GCGUUUCUUCUUAUCUUAAUCGUACUACCCCCAAUCACGCAGAGCCCUUCGAGGCCGACACGCAUCCGAUGCGGCCACCCGGCGCCGAAGAAGCCUCAGGGCGCACGGCCGCCCCGUCGACCGCAGUGGGAACUCCUCCAGUGAGCCGACGCCCGAGCCCACGACGUCGCCGACGCCCGAGCCCAUGACGUCGCCGACGCCUGCGCCGACCUCCAGUGAGCCGACGCCUUCGCCGACCUCCAGUGAGCCGACGCCGGAGCCCACGACGUCGCCGACGCCUGUGCCGACCUCCAGCGACCGGCGUCUGCGUCGUUCUCGUGCGUCUUGCGCGCGGCGUCCAGAGGCUCCUGAGUCGCGUCGACCCGCAGCGCAUGGACGGCCUCGAGGGACGGCCGGAGAGCAACUGCGCCGCUCGCGACGGCGUCGAUCAUGCUCUACAUUACAUGCGGUGCGUGCUCGCGCACCGGAAGCGUGCGAAGCAUAUCACGAAGUGCAGCGGCGACGCGGGGGCGGCGACGCCGCACCCGUCGCCCAGCCGCUCUCUCGCCGAACCACGGCGCGCACACGGUCGGAGAGGACUGGGCAUGCUGUGCGCAGUGGCCUCGAAGCGCCUCUCGCGCCGCGCUCGCGCUGCUCGCGAAGACCGCUCGACGGCCAGCGCUCGCGCGUGCCGCCGCCACCGCACCAGCGCAGCCAGCGACGAUGCCAAGCGCCACCGCUCGCUGGGGCUCGAACCGCGUACAAAGCGCACCGCACUAUGCCUGGAGCACCCGGGCACAAUGCCACGGCUCGCAGCCGUCAUCGUUCACGUCGUUCACAGCGACGCAUCGAUGCGCCGCACGAAUCCGCCCAGGAGAGCAGGUGUUGCAGCAGCAUGGCAGCAGACUGCUGCCGGGCGAGAGCCGCAGGCACGGGACGGCUCGACCUGAAGGUCCAAAAUGGCACCGUUCCAGAACUCCAAAUUCGGUGGGGUGUUGUUAUCUGGGGAUCUCAGUUCAGUCCGUCACAGUCC